AUGUUCGAACCCCCCGAAACUCUGCUGAAAUAUGAAAACCCAGUUUUAAUCAGCAAAACUACAGAUAAAAAGUGUUCGAAGGGGGGCCGUCCUUUUAAAGUGUGCACCCAACCGCAUGCUGACUCCCCUGUGCCACCGCCUCCGAAACCCAAAUCCUCUGCAGCUGAAGCCCCCAGGCAGCAAAAUGAUGACAUACUUAACCUCAUCUUUCCACCCAGGGAAUGGAUGGAGGGAAACCAGCUGUUCGUGCAGCAAGUGUCCAGUGCGCCAUGCACGCGAGCGGACGUGGUGAACCUCGAGGAGCACCUGGACAGAAAGCUGCAGCAAAGGCGGGCCAUAGAGACGGGAAUAUGCCCUGUCCGAAGAGAGCUUUAUACUCAGUGCUUUGAUGAGCUGAUCAGGCAGGUGACCAUCAACUGCGCCGAGCGGGGUCACUUGCUGUUGCGGGUCCGGGAUGAGAUCCAGAUGACCAUCGCCGCUUACCAGACCUUCUACGAGAGCAGCGUGGUUUUUGGCAUGAGAAAAGCUCUGCAGGCCGAGCAGGACAAGGUGGACAUGGAGAAAAGAAUUGCUGUGCUGGAGCAGCAGAAAGAGGAGCUGCAGAAAGAGUUGCGCGAAGAGAAGGCCAAAUGCGAAGUCAUCGAAAAGACCGAAGAAGAGAAACACGAAGUGCAGGAAAAGAAGUACACGGAGCAGAUUCAGUUCCUCAAGAGAACCAAUCAGCAGCUUAAGGCCCAGCUGGAGGGGGUUGUGACACCGAAAUAACUACACAGCAGCCAUUUAAUUACGUAGCA